GCGCUCACUUCCCUGUUGCACGUGACCUGGUUUCGCUUCUGCAAGCGGCGGCGGCGUUCGGCAGGCAGGAACCAAGGGCGGCUUUCCUUCUGCCUCCCGCUUCUCCCCGAGCGCGGCGCGGGUGGCGGCGAUGGGCCCGGCCGCACUCUUGCUGCUGCUGCUGCUUCCCGGCGCUCUGCUGGGCCUGUGCUCCGCAGGGAGCGGCUGGGAGGAAAGUGCCUGGGGAGGCCGGCGCCGCCCUCUGUCCUGGGAGCUGCUGGAGGCGGCGGACCUGGCGUCGCUGGGCUCGGGGCUCGCGGGGGACCUGCUGGACGCGCAGCUGGAGCCGGAGUGCCGGGAGCUCUUGGCCGCCUUCGCCAACAGUAGCGCCACGCUGACGGGCUGCCUUGCGCGGAGCGCCCGGCCUGUAAGGCUCUGCCAGAACUGCUACCGCCAGUUCCGGGACGCCACGGAGCAGUACGAGAACAUCGCCCGGGUCGUCGGGAAUGCUACCAAGAGUAACCCUUGUGCCAAAAGUCUCUUGAUGUCGGAUAGACUGCAGAUAGUUGUGGUCCUGGAUAAGUUUUUUAAUGACACAUGGCAAAAAGCAAACUGUGCAAGUUGUUUAAAGAACAACAGUGAAGGCUUAUCGAAUAGUACAGAGAUGUUCCUGGCCUUAUUCAAUGAAUCAUUGGCAUGCUUUGAACACAACCUCCAGCGGCAGGAGGACAAUGCACCACCAGGUAACUACACAGAAGUUUGCAAGAAGUGCAAUGUCACAUAUGAAAAGUUAAAUGCCAUGUACAACACGAUGCAGGAGAGUGAGAAGAAAGGUGAAUCUGAAGAGCAGGCCCAUUUGUGCAUUGAUGUGGAAGAUGCAAUGAAUAUUACGCGAAGGCUUUGGAGCAUGACUUUCAACUGCUCCGUCCCCUGCAGCGAUACAGUGCCAGUGAUUGCAGUUUCGUCCUUCAUUCUCUUUUUGCCAGUUGUUUUCUACCUCAGCAGCUUCCUUCACUCGAAGCAGAAAAAACGUAUCCUGUUUCUGCCCAAGCGGAUCCAGUCAAAUGCCAAUUUUGUGAACAUACAAGACAAAUGCAACUGAACCUGCAGAAUGCAGACUUGGAUGAAUAUUUAUAUACUGAUCUGAAAGCGAUUCAUUCUGGUUUAGGCUUGUGCUGUGAGGUAACAAAGAAAACAACAUGCAACACUCGGAUGGGUCCAUUAAUUGAAAACGUUGGCGUAACACUGUAUGAUCUUCCUGCUAGAAACAGAUGCAUUUCCAGCUCCAUCUGCACUUGUGCUUUUGAGUCAUUUGCUUUCUGAUGGCUAGCUUUGGAACACAUUCCUGUCCUUCACAUUGGAUUGAUAGCAAUCCAGUUUUAAUUUCCACAUAUGAUGACUUUACAGGUUCACAACCUUUGCUAUUAUUUAGUAACAUUCUUGCUUGUCACCAGUGUGUUUAUUUUUUUUUAAAAGAAAGAUGUUGUCAGAAAAUGAAAUUAGAUCUACUGCCUUAACUGAUUAUGAUACUUUGCAACUUUCAGUUCUCAUAUGUCUUAGGUAUGACCCCCUCAUACCAAAUCGUUUUUUGAAAUGCUGCUUAGCUCAUUGACAUAGUUUAUACACUUUGAAAUACUAAGCUGUUGGCAACAUAUAUGUCAAAACUACUGAUCAUCUGAAUUAUGUAAUCUUUGUGGAAUUUCGCUACGGCAGAAACCUUAUGUCUCAAUUACUGCUAUGGAUGAGGUUCCAAGCCAUUGAAUGCUAUACUUCAGAGAAUUGUAUUUACAUGAAUCGGGGUUGUUUGAGAGUAGUAAUGGUAGAAAUUGCACUAGCUGAGGCAUUAAUGCUAAACAGGGUUCAUUGCUUUGCUCACCACCAAACCCAGUGUUUCUAAAAAAAGUGGCUGUAUAUUUAAAAGUACAUAGUAUAAAUAUAUUUCUUGGUACUACAGAGGUAUUUUUGCUAUUUUUGUAUAUAUUGCCAUGGGGUAGUCAGAGUAAAGAAAAAUGAAUGGAGAUAAUGAGUGCUAGGCAACAAAUUAGUUGCCCUAGUGCAGGGAUUAGCCCUAGCACUGUGGGUUUUACCCUUUCCCCCCAUGCAGUUCCUAAAUCUGCUCCAGAGGGUUGGGGGAACUCCUGGAACCUAUCUAAGGGAUGUGCUAGAGGAUGACGGGGACAACAUUCUGCUGCACAGGGAGAAAUCCUCGCAGGAGUAGAACAGUCACCUUACAACUGUGUUGCAUACAACCGUCUGAAUUGCUUGGCCUAGAACUUAUACGGGCUUACAGCAGAGGUUUCCAAACUGUGUGUCGUGACAAGUUAGUGUGUCAGCGGCAGUGUGUAGUUGUGUCGCACAGACGCUCCCGCAUUCCUCCCAGGGCUGGAAAGGGAGUGGGCAGCCCGCCGGUUUGCUAGUAAAAGUGAAUUACAAUGUUGCGAAACUGUGCAACUGUCUAAAAAGUAUGUCACCAACAUGAAAAGUUUGGAAAGCUCUGGCUUAUAGCCUCAACAAGUUCAUGUAUAUUUAUGGGAAGUAUUGGGUUUUUUACACAGAUAUUUUAUGAAGAUUUCUGAAGUUGAUAGUAUUUUGUAGCAAAUGAGGCACCAAUUUUUCUGUCAUUUUAACAAGGUAUAAGCAAACUAGGACCUCUGAUUUUCAGGGUCUUAUAUUAAGGCAGAGCUUAGUGCACCUCGUUUCCCCCCCCUUGAAACCACUAUCGGACUAAACAUAAAAGUGUGGUGCUCAGCAGCUUCUCUUCUCUCAUCCUCCACUCCCCACCCCAUGGUUUUCUGUGGCUUCAAAUACAUUUAGAGCAGAAGUAUGUUAUGAGGUAUUGCACUGUUUUUACAGAUAUAUGUAAUUCAGCCUUUUGGUGCAAUUUGAAGACUGGUGUGGGGGUGGGAAUUUCCCCUUUCCUCCCUACUCCCCAUUAAAAAUGCUGCUUGUGUUAUUUACCUUUUCCAUAGUGGGAGUCAAGGUGGUUUUCCUCAAGGGGGGGGGAAGGGUUGAUGCUGUUCUCUACUCCAGAAUUCCACUUCAGAGGGCAUCCUGAGUGGCUGAAUUGUGUGAAAAGAAAGGAAGAAUAAUGAAGCUGCACAUGACAUGUAGUUCUAUCCUUGGAUUCAAAUGCUAAUGACACGAGGGAGUAAGUGGGACUGGCUUCCCACUGCUUGUGUUUGGAGUUUAUAUGAAUAUCACUGAAAUCUGGGCCAUCCUGGAUGUUAUAUGUGUGUGUGAACUGGAAUAAUUAGUGCUUAUUGUUGGGACACAAGGUUGAAGACACUGAUACUUGGCAAUCAAAAAGUGCCACCCUGCAGCCAACAUGGAAUAAAGUAGUAGAAAUCUGGA